CCUGCGCGCAGUUUGAUGUUCAGCUGUGUUAAUCGAUUGCGUUAACUGAACCAACUCAACAGAUUGGUCAGUUCCUGUCGCGCAAUCAAUGCCAAAGCCGUCACAGCGCGGUUCGCAAUACUCGCUCUAACUACUCUCGCGUUGCAAGCAAACAAACGAAGAGAAGAAGAAAAUCAACAAAAACAAAAUCAUCUGUCAGUCAAGUGUCAAACUGACAAGCGAGUCGCACAAAUCAUUUUCCUCGCAAGAAAAACGCACCAUCCACGCUGGGGAAAAUGUGCGGGGGUUUCACGUGCUCGAAAAAUGCGCUCAUAUCGCUCAACGUCCUAUACAUCGUUGUUGCGUCGAUACUGAUCAGCGUCGCGGUUUACGGCCGUGCCGCAUCGAUUGUAACAAAUCUACCCAUCAUCGGCGGCAUUCUAGCAUGCGGCAUUAUAUUGGUGCUCAUUUCCCUGCUUGGAUUAGUGGGUGCUGUCAAGCACCACCAGGUCAUGCUCUUUUUUUACAUGGUGAUUUUAUUCCUGCUGUUCUUAAUCCAAUUCUCCGUGGCAUGCGCUUGCCUCGGCGUUAACAUGGAGCAACAAGAGCAGCUCGCCGAGCAGGGCUGGGGACGCGUCGACAAUACAACAAAGGAGGAGGUGCAAACACAGUUCAGAUGCUGUGGAUUCGAUGAGCAAUACAGCGCAAACGACACCAAAAUGGGACAUCCAUCAUGCGAGGAAGUAAAUCUAUUGUGCUGUCCGAGCAAGGCAGACAUCAACUGCAAAUGCAAGCCAUGCAUGCUAAAACUGCAGGAAACGAUUAAUUACGCGUUUAAACUAUGCGGAUGGAUCGGACUGUUCUUCAGUUUCACCGAGUUUCUGGGCGUAUGGCUAACAGUGCGUUAUCGCAAUCAAAAAGACCCGCGCGCGAAUCCCAGCGCAUUCCUCUAGAAACUCAACUGAGCUGGACACGAACACAAAAACAAAAUGGUGGUUGUGUAAUGGUGGUGGUGGCGAUAAUUUAUUAACCAAUAUUUUAAUAUUUACUUUUAAAUCUCUUCUCUUUUUUCAUUGUUUUUAAUGUUUUGUUUUGAAAUCUAUAGAUUAUUGGCGUUGUAUACACUCGACACUAUCGAAACUUGCAGGAUCCGGACGAGAAACUCGCCACGGCCAUUUUCCCAAGACAUAAUUUCACAUAUUAACAUUUCAAACACUCAAAACAAUCGAAAAGAAACAGAAUAUGCCAUUAUUUUCUAAGUAUACAAUCGAAAAACCAAAGAAAACAAUUGAACAACAACAAUAUUGAAUAUUUUUCAUUUAACAUAUCAACAUCUGGAAAAUUGUUGUUGUUUCAAUUGUUCACUUUCAUGUUUUGACUGAAUUUAUGUUUAAUUAACGUGUAAUUUUAAUUUCGCAUCGAAUGGUGAAUGGAACCAGUGUUUUUCUCUCAAAAAAAGACUGUAAAUCGAACAAACAUGUUUUACGUAACUAACUGUACGUGAAACACUGACAUCACACUUUGAAUAUGCAUAUUGAGAGCAUGAAUAUUCUUCCUAAACACUAAACUAAUAGGUUCUCAAUAGUUUAGUGCAUAAAUAAUAAACUCAAGAAGUAAAUAAAAAGUCACCUAGCUAGACACAAUGUAAUUAAUUAAACAAUUGAAAUGAUAAAUGAUCAAUGUUUAUAGUAAGAUUCUAGUUGAGGUUAAAGCAAAGUAGAUGGAAACUGAUAAAAGCUCUCUGAAUAAUACAGACGUAUUUUUCUAAAUAAUAGCGCAGCGUAAGUGCAAAUAUUUAAUUUUAAUUUUUUUGUUUUGUUGUAAUUACAUGCAUGUCAUCGAUGUGUAGCUUAUUUUUAGUAUAAUAUGAUCUUUCAAACUGACUGAAAAUCUAUAAAUUAAAUAAUCAACGCUUGUAUUUUGUGAUGUUGAUGUAAUAAUGUAAAGAAAACUAUCACUAACUCAAAUAUUACGGUUGUAAAACGCUUUUGGAACAAAUCAGUCACUUUUUGACAGUUUUUUCUUUAUAACUCGAAAACUAUUUGAGAUAAAUUGAUAAUUCUUUUGAAAUUAGUUUUAUUAUUUAAUUCCGCAACUUAUAUAAAAAAGAUUUUGUUUAUAACCCUAUUAUAAACGAAAUUAUAAGCAAAAACAAGAAAUUUUGUUAAAAUUUUACAAGUUUAUUAAUUAUGAUACUUUUUUAUAAAUUACUCGCAAACUAAACGUGAUAAACUGAUAAUUCUUUCAAAUUUAGUUUUAUUAUUUAAUUCCGCAUCUUAUGAAAAAAAGAUUUUGUUUAUAACAUCAUUAUUAACAAAGUAACAGGCAAAAAUACGUAAUUUUAGUCAAAUGUUACUUAUUCGUUAAUAACUAAUUACUGAAAAUCAUUAUCAACAAAAUUAUUUCACCAUAUGAUGUAUAAUUUAACCACGAAUCCAAAAAAAAAGAAUAAUUAUCCUAUCUCAAAUAGUUUUCGAGUAAUAACAAAAAAACUGUCAAAAAUGAUGACUGCUUAUUUUAGACCGGUAUUCUUCACAUGACCAAACCGCUUUCAUUGUCUAUAAACAUAUACCUAACCUAUAAAAAUACUACAUGUCUAUAAAUACAUCGGUCGUAAAUUUAUAUUUAUGCUGUGAAUAUUAUUACAUAGUAUAGUAAAUAUAUUUAAUUACAUUAAAAAUGAA